AUGGGCUCUGUCAGCCACCUGGCCACUAGCCUGGAGGUCAAGGAGCUGGGCAACCUGCUGUGUCCUCUUCCCUGCUGGCUCUCCUCUUCCUCUGCUUCCUCCUAUUCCUCCUCCUCCUCGUCGUCUCGUAGGUGCCGGCGAAGGGUGCAGGGAGUCGCCGAGCUGCUCUGCGCCAGGCCGGGGCGCGGGGCUGGGCUGCUGUGGGCAGUGCCACAGCACCCUCAGCGCUGCGGGCAGUGUCCGGCCCCACGCCACAGCACCCCGAACGCUGAGGCUGUGUCCGGCCCCACGCCACAGCACCCCCAACGCCGAGGCUGUGUCUGGCCCCACGCCACAGCACCCCUAACGCUGCAGGCUGUGUCCGGCCCCACGCCACAGCACCCCCAACGCUGCGGGCAGUGUCCGGCCCCACGCCACAGCACCCCCAACGCUGCGGGCAGUGUCCGGCCCCACGCCACAGCACCCCCAACGCUGCGGGCAGUGUCCGGCCCCACGCCACAGCACCCCCAACGCUGUGGGCAGUGUCCGGCCCCACGCCACAGCACCCCCAGCGCUGCGGGCAGUGUCCGGCCCCACGCCACAGCACCCCGAACGCUGAGGCUGUGUCCGGCCCCACGCCACAGCACCCCCAGCGCUGCGGGCAGUGUCCGGCCCCACGCCACAGCACCCCCAGCGCUGCAAGCAGUGUCCGGCCCCACGCCACAGCACCCCCAACGCUGCGGGCAGUGUCCGGCCCCACGCCACAGCACUCCCAACGCUGAGGCAGUGUCCGGCCCCACGCCACAGCACUCCCAACGCUGCGGGCUCUGUCCGGCCCCACGCCACAGCACCCCCAACGCUGCGGGCAGUGUCCGGCCCCACGCCACAGCACCCCCAGCGCUGAGGCUGUGUCCGGCCCCACGCCACAGCACCCCCAGCGCUGCGGGCAGUGUCCGGCCCCACGCCACAGCACCCCCGCCACUGAGGCUGUGUCCGGCCCCACGCCACAGCACCCCCAUCGCUGUGGGCAGUGUCCGGCCCCACGCCACAGCACCCUCAGUGCUGAGGCUGUGUCCGGCCCCACGCCACAGCACCCCCAUCGCUGCGGGCAGUGUCCGGCCCCACACCACAGCACCCUCAGUGCUGAGGCUGUGUCCUGCCCCACGCCACAGCACCCCCGCCCCUGAGGCAGUGUGCGGCCCCACGCCACAGCACCCCCAGCGCUGCGGGCAGUGUGCGGCCCCACGCCACAGCACCCCCAGCGCUGCGGGCAGUGUGCGGCCCCACGCCACAGCACCCCCGCCCCUGAGGCAGUGUCCGGCCCCACGUGCUCCCUGGGCAGCGCCCGGGGCGGCUCUGCGGCAGCUCGGCCCCGCUGCCCGGCCUGCCGCUGGGCUGAGGCCCGGCACCGCGCUGAGCCCCCCUCUGCGGGGCAGCCCCUCUGCCGGCCCGGCCGCUCUCUGCUCCCCGGCCCUGGCUGAGGCUGGCCUGGGCCGGGCCGAGCCCCCAGCCCGGGCAGCCCCAGCCCCGGAGCUGCAGCGGGUGCGGAGCGGAGCGCCCGGCGCUGGCCGUGCCCCGCUGUGCCCGGAGGGGCCGCGCUGGCUGGGUCAGCAGGCGGGCCCACAGCAGCAGCGAGCGGGGCAUGCGGCCUGCCAGGGGCUGUGGGGGACAGCGCCUGGCCGCUCCGAGCUGACGCCGGGCACGGCUCCGGGCAUGGCUCCGGGCCCCAGCCCGCCGCCUGCCCCGGCUGUGCUGGGCUGUGGCACCCGCGGAACUGCCUCCCGGCCCUGCUCGCCCUCCGCGCUGCCCCGGGCCGUGCCCCCGCCCCGCCGGCCGGCAGACACGAGGUUAAGGGGGCGAGAGCUGCGGGUUCCUGCCCUGGCGCUUCGGAGGAAGCUUUCCUCCCUUCGGAGCCAGAGCGCGGGGCCGGGGCGGGCAGAGCUCGGACGGGCAGCAGCACGGGCAGGGCGACCCGCGGGGCGCAGGAAGCGGCAGCCGGGCGGGCGGGACCCGCUGGCCCCGGCGGAGCGCAGGAAGGGCCUGGCCAGCGCUGGGGAAGGACUCCAGGGGUCCAGGCCCACAGCUCCUGCACGCUCCCCGAUGGUGCCACCCCCCAUUGCCAGCUCUGCCCCUGCAGCAGCGGCGCCGGGCCGUGGUGCUCCUGCCAGGCUGGGGGGCGGGCGGGUGGAAAGCUCAUCCCCGGGUGUGUCACCGCCCUGA